AUGUUUAGUCAUCUUCUUCCCAGUCACCGGCAGAUCAGUGAGAGUGAUAAGGCCCAAGUUGAUAGUCUGAAGAAGUUUGGUAUUGCCACAUCAAAGAUUAUGACUUACAUGGCCGGCCAGUUAGGGGGCUACGGAAUGCCUCGUUUUACGAAGCGGGAUCUUUAUAACUACGUUCACAGCCAAAGGGUAGCUCAAAUAAACGACGGAGACGCUGCAGUGACCAUAAGUUAUUUGGAGGGCAAGGCAAACACCGACAUGAUGACGGUUGCCAGAUAUACAAAGACAGGAGAGGAUCGACUUGGUAGCCUAUUAUGGGCUGAUGGGCAGAUGAUGGUAGAUUAUCGGUUGUUCGGUGACGUGCUUACAUUCGACGCAACAUACCGGUCCAAGAAGUACAAGAAGCCACUAGUCGUCUUCUCCGAGACCAACCACCACAAGCAAACGACGCCUUUCGUUGCGGUGACUGAUGGGGAUAAAGCUAUGCGGGUAGCAAUUGCCGAAGUGCUGCCUUCAGCCAGGCAUCGGCUAUGUGCGUGGCACUUGGAAAAAUAUUGCGUGUUGCGGGUGAAAGAACCCGAGUUUUGCCAAGUUUUCAAGAAGGCAGUUUAUUUAAACUUUGACGUGCCUGAGUUUAAGGAGUAUUGGAAGACGGUGGUCGAGAGUCUUGGAUUAACGAACAACAGCUGGGUUGAGAGCACGUACGAAGUAAGACAGAGUUGGGCUACAGCUUAUUUACGUGGAACUUUCUGCGCCGGGUACAGAACAACCUCUCGAUGUGAGGGCAUAAAUGUAUUCGUCAAAAGUUUUCUUAGGUCGACAAACAGCCUCUUAGAACUGGUUUACAGCUUGGAUAGGCUGGUGAAAGAUUACCGCAACAACGAGGUGACGGCCCAGUUUUAUUCACAAUAUUACACACCCAUUCUCACCACCGGUCUCGACCAGUUUGAGAUGUUUGCAGCUAAAAUCUACACCAGAGCAGUUUUCAAGGAGGUCAGAAAACAGAUCAAAGGCGUUGGUAGUUUAUUAUAUUCGGGAAAAGACAGCAUCGGCACAACAUUCGUCUACAAGUUCUCUACCACAAGCAACUGUUCUACUGUCCGUAAGGUGUUGUACGAUCCAAGUGAGCCGAAGAUUGAGUGUGACCGUCAGAUGUGGAACAGCGAAGGCAUUCCUUGCUGUCACAUAUUCUGUGUGAUGAAUUAUGAGGGUCUAGAAGAAAUUCCCCCCGGUUUAAUUCUGAGGCGACGGUGUUAG